AUGAAAUCCCAAUAUGAAAAACUAUUUCCAAAUUUUAAGCCUCCUUCUAAAUUGGAUUCAGAUAUUAUCUAAAAAGCAAAAUUAUAUAUAGAAUAAAGAUAAAAAAGAAUGUGUUUCACUCCAAGAAAAAUCUGUAAUCAAUAGAAGUGUACAUUAUUAAGUCCAAAAUAAAUUAUAAACAUACCUUCUAUAAUCACAGUCUCAUUAUCAAAUCAGUUAUAAUAUUAAAAACCUUAAAAAAGCUAUGAAAAAACUAAAGUAUCUAUUGCUCAUUCAAGAAAGAGUGUACCAAAACUUAAUAUAGAAACUAUGAAUUUUAGAAAAGCUAAAAUGGUUUUUCAAUAGAGAUUGGAAUUAAGAAGUUAAAAUAAUUCAAAAAAUGAUGUUUCUUUCUUUUCUCCUUGGUCUAAUAGAUGA